AAAUUUCAUCUUUACAAGCUACAAUUUCAGUGGCCCUGACCUUUUUCUUGCAUACGCAUGUCAUGUACCCACGUCUCUCCUGCGAAAUUGUCUAGUAAUUUCCUUGACUGGACCCAUUCGAUGAAGUUCAAUUUAAUGUCGCACCCUCGAAUCUAGUGGCGCCACCAAUUUAUAUGUAUCCGUCGUUGACGACUAUGCCAUCUUAUAACCCCCGAGCCUCCUACAGAGUUGAAUUCGUGCCUCUCAGAUGCCUUCUUCCUGUAUCCUUUGUUGAGCUCGACAUCUUCCCACUGUACUUGAGGCAAUCAGACCAUCAUGCUGCUAAACCUACUGGUGCUAGCAUUUCUACUUUUUGGAGCCGGCAACCUUGCUUUCAACCUUCCGUCUGAUGGGAUACUGAGGAUCGCUCUCAAGAAGCGGCCUUUGAAUCUUAACAACAUCCAUGCGGCAACAAUCUAUGCCGGACACUUGGGAAACUUCACUGGCCACGUGGAAUCCCUAGAACGAAAUGUUGUGUAUCUGAAGAACUACUUGGAUAUGCAGUAUUAUGGUGAGAUUAGUCUCGGUACACCACCACAACAUUUUGAUGUUGUCUUUGAUACUGGCAGUGCUAAUCUUUGGGUCCCAUCUUCAAAAUGCUUCUUUUCUGUUGCAUGCUAUGUACACUCCAAGUAUAGGUCAAGGCAAUCCAGCACAUAUACAGAAAUUGGAAAAUCUUGCAAAAUCCCUUAUGGCUCGGGAUCCAUCUAUGGAUUCUUUAGCAGAGAUAAUGCAGGACUUGGAGGUAUCACAAUUAAGGAGCAGGUGUUCACUGAGGCAACAUGGGAAGGACUGUUCACGUUCUUAGUUGCACAAUUUGAUGGGAUACUUGGACUUGGAUUUCAGGACAUUGCUAUUGGACGUGUAACUCCAAUUUGGUCCAAUAUGAUGCUACAAGGCGUUGUUACCCAAAAGUUAUUCUCCUUUUCGCUGAAUACAGAUCCUAAGUCAAAGACAGGAGGUGAGAUUAUCUUUGGGGGUAUUGAUUGGACGCACUUCAGGGGUCAUCAUACUUAUGUUCCAAUUACUCAACGUGGCUACUGGCAGAUUGAGGUUGGGGAUGUACUUAUUGGAAGUGAUUCAACAGGUCUUUGCCGGGAUGGUUGUGCUGCCAUUGUAGACUCAGGAACCUCCUUUCUUGCUGGUCCAACAACUAUUUUGACUCAAAUUAACCACGCAAUUGGAGCAGAAGGAGUUGUGAGCUUGGAGUGCAAAAGCAUUGUGUCCUCUUACGGCGAUUUGAUAUGGGAGAAGUUAAUUUCAGGGUUCGAGCCCAAGAAGUUAUGUAAUCAUAUUGGGCUUUGUCUGUACAAGAGUUCUGAGAACUUUAGUUCAAGUGUGGAUGACUUAGCAGCCGAUGAGAAUGCAUUGUGCCCAUUCUGUGAGAUGGCUGUGUUCUGGAUGCAAGUAGAGUUGAGAAAAAAGAAAACAAAGGACCAUGUGUUGAAAUAUGUUAAUGAGCUUUGUGAGAAGCUCCCAAAUCCAACUGGUCGAGCAUUUGUUGACUGUGAAAGUGUUGCUACCUUGCCAUCUAUAUCAGUUACAAUUGGGAACAGAUCCUUCCCCCUUUCACCACUAGAGUACACCAUUAGAAUUGAAGAAAACCUCACUGCAGUCUGUCUUAGUGGUUUUGUGCCUUUGGACGUGCCUCAGCCGCAGGGCCCACUCUGGGUUCUUGGAAAUCUGUUCCUGGGUGCCUAUCAUACUGUCUUUGACUUUGGUAAUUCGCGAGUCGGGUUUGCAGAAAGUUCUCGUUUCCAAAACUCUUUCUACUAGGAAGCUUUGUCUUUCUGUUUGGUGGACAAUCGUUAGUUAAAUUUGACAUUAAGGCUCUGUUGUGUAUGUAUAAAUUAUGUACUCGGCUGUGUUGUCCAUGUACAAGUCAUGUACUCAGUCAGACUACAAUAUCAUCGAUUUGAUGUCGAUGAGUCACAUAUCAUUUGCAAACUUUUAUUAAUAAACGACUUGAUAUUCGUUAAA